AUGAACAUGUGCCCGUCCUGCCUCGCAGCUGAAGUCGACGUGGCCGAGGGCAUCGCCACCACGGGCGAGCUCGUGCAAUGUCGCGGCUGCUUGCGCUUCCAGUCCCGAGGCAAGACGCAGCAGCAUAGCAGCAGCAGCUCUGGCGCGUGGCUCGACUGCGACUGGGAGUCGAAGGAGCUCAUGGCGCUCUGUCUCAAGAGCAUUGCGGGUCUCAGUAAAGCCAAGCUCCUGGAUGCCGGGUUCAUCUGGACCGAGCCCCACUCGAAACGGGUCAAGCUCCGGCUCACGCUGCAACGGGAAGCAGCGAACCACGCGGUGGUGCAGAACACGUGCGUCGUCACGUUUGUCCUGCACUCGACCAAGUGUCCCGACUGCAUGAAGCACUACCAUAACAAUACAUGGCGUGCCCUGGUACAGAUCCGGCAGAAAGCUGACCACAAACGGACGUUUCUUCGUCUAGAACAGGACAUUCUCAAGCACAAUGCCCACCAGGAAGCUAUUGGGAUUGCCACGGUGAAAGACGGGAUGGACUUUUACUUUGGCUCCAAGUCUACAGCUGAGCGGUUCCUGCACUUUUUGUCGGCUCACGUGCCGAUGCGGUCGAAGACGUCGAGCAAAGUCAUCUCGGAGGACGUGCGCAACUCGACGGCCAACUUGCAGGUCACGUACAGCGUCGAGCUCAGUCCGAUCUGUAAAGACGACUUGCUCGUGUUGCCUCGGAAAGUCGCGCAGGGAUGUGGCAAUAUUGCCGACUUGACGCUGUGUGCACGCGCGACAUCGAUGGUGCAUCUGGUGGACCCCGUCUCGGGACAGAAGGCGGAACUGUCGACGGACAAGUACUGGAAGCUGCCGUUCUUGCCACUGGCGACCAGCUCAGACAUGGUCGAGUUCAUCGUGUUGGAUGUCGACCCGGUGGAGCCGCGUGACUUGCGCCAUGCACCGACCUCGAGCAAAGGGCAAAUGUCCAAGUUUGUCGUGGCGGACGUGGAAGUCGCUCGCAUGAGCGACUUUGGCGUGAAUGAUACGACGUUCCGUGUGCGCACGCACCUUGGUGGUGUGUUGACUGCAGGCGAUACAGUCAGAGGCUACGAUCUCUCUUCAGCUGUCUUUGGCACCUGCCAAACGCGUUCGUUGAAGGGAGAGCUUCCUGACCUCGUGUUGGUGCGCAAGGUGUACCCCCGUGAAAGCAGCAAGCAGCACAAGGGCACCCGCAAGCUCAAGACGUUGGGCGCUGAACGCCGCGGCAAUGUCAGCAAGGCUGAGACAGCACGGACACAGCAUGAGAUGGAGGCAUUCACGGAAGAAUACUUGAACGAGGAGGACCAAGAACGUGACACUGGCAAGGAACUCGAGGAUGCAAACAAAUUGAGCCUGGAAGGUCCUGAAGAUGGCGUCUCUGCUGAAGCAGUCGAGGAGCGAACAGCAGCUAUGGCGGACCUGAGUGUGUCGUAA